AUGUUUGGAAACCUGAGUAGUUUUGGCGACUUCCCGCCGCACUACACUGACGAAGGGUUACCAUUCGAAAAUCGCAAAGGUACAAUUAUAGGCAUCAUAGUUCCGUUUCUGGUCUUGGCCUGGGUCUCCGUCGGCCUGCGAAUAUACACAAGAGUGCGCAUUGUAAAGGCACCGGGGUGGGACGAUAUCGUGAUCGUCAUUGCGCUAUUUGCAGGCUCAGCGAGUGCGAUAGGACUUUCUCUGACAACAAAUCAUGGUAUGGGUCACUCUUUCAAAGAAGUUCCUGAUAGUGAUAGAGAGAUGUUCUUUUUGCUUUUCUAUAUUUCCAACGCAUCAUUUUCGAUGUCAAAUGCCCUAGUAAAACUGUCAUUACUCUUUCAAUACAUGAGGGUAUUCGAAGAUCGCAUGCCGCGUCUGAGGAUUGUGACAAUCGGCCUGAUCAUAGUUGUCUCAAUCUGGGGCCUUGUUUUCUCUUUCAUAGCCUGGUUUCCCUGCUUUCCGCCGUAUCAGUUCUACCGCCUUGGAUCAGAGUCACAUUGCUACGGUUAUGGCUCCACCAACCCGUUAGAGGUUUACUACGUCGUCGUCGCGUCUAAUGGAACGAACAUGGCUUUGGACUUUAUAAUACUUUUGUUACCGAUUCCUCUACUAUUUAGCAGAGAAACUGAACGUCCGACGAAGAUCGGGCUGCUUGUUUUACUCUGCAUCGGAAUACUAAUUAAUGUUAUUGCCGCAUGGCGCAUAGUUGCCAACAAGGCGACAUCCGACCGCCAGCCUGACCCGACAAGGAUCUUUCCAACCAUAAUCCUUCUAGGCGAGACAGAAAACCGACUUUCUCUAAUUCUAGCAUCUAUUCCGGUGUUCUGGCCCAUAGUCUCAAAGACGUGGCGCAACACCAUCACCGUCACGCAUGAAGUCACGAUCGAGAGUACAUUACGGCACGCUGGCACAGGAAGACCGGGAGGGAUGAGAAGAACAGAUUUUGAUUAUAGGGUGGAGCGUGUAACUACCGAGGAUGAGGCAACUGAGGCCGGGUUACGGCAUCCGGGACGGCUUUGUGAGGUGGACCGGUACGUCAGGGAAUUGGUAAGCCCGUUUGCUGAGACUCAAGAAGUUGAGUCUACAGUAUCGACACAACACCAGCGACAUUUCGCCGAGGAACUACAAGGAAAUAAGUUGAACUUUGUAACAGUCCCAAACGCGGAUCAGUGA